GCCGCGGAGGCGGGCGAGCUCGAAUCUGCGCCGGCGGACGCGCAGGCUGGUGUUGGGGCGUCGGAAGCGCCGGGGUCGCCGACUCCCAGCGGCUGCAGUCUACAGGCCACAGAAAGGAGAAAGUAAUAUUUUGGCGCACUGUGAAGGAUUUGAUAUUUUGAGACAUGCAUUGCAGCAGUUACAGUGUCUCAGCUGAAGUUUGCUAUUUAUGAGGAUUCCUUCUGUCCUGGUUUUGCAUUUAUGUCAGGAGGCCUACUCUGUAAUUUGAAAUCAACUCAAGAAGAUGAAGCCUAAUAAAGGAAAAACCUGCACUAGGGAGAGAGACUAUGUAUACAAAUUUAAUGCUGGAAAUCAGCAUUUUGUGCUUACUGUGCCUCUCAAAUUUCCUGUGCAAGAGAACGUUAGUCAUUUGCAUGGACGUCUAAUGCUUCUGCACAAUCUGCCAUGCUUUAUAGAAAAUGACCUGAAGCAGUCUCUUAAUAAGUUCAUAGAAGAGGAAACUAUAAAAGAUUAUGAUAAAGAAGCUGAAAUGGCUCUGGAGGCAGUGAAAUCAGGAAAAGUUGAUAUAAACCAUCUGGCAGAAACUUGGGCUAAAGCUUAUAAAGAGACAACGUUAGAGUAUGCAAAGCCUGAAGAAACCAGCUGGGAUGAAGAUUUUGCAGAUGUUUAUCAUGAUCUGAUACAUUCUCCAGCUUCUGAAAUGCUGUUAAACCUGGAACACAAUUAUUUUGUUAGUAUCUCUGAAUUAAUAAGUGAAAGAGAUGUGGAAUUGAAAAAACUACGGGAAAGACAAGGAGCAGAAAUGGAUAAGGUGAUGCAGGAGCUGGGGAAAUCACUAACAGACCAAGAUGUAAAUUCAUUAGCGGCUCAGCAUUUUGAAUCUCAGCAGGAUUUGGAGAACAAAUGGACCAAUGAAUUGAAACAGUCUACUGCUAUCCAGAAACAGGAAUAUCAGGAAUGGGUGAUAAAGCUUCAUCAGGACCUACAGAAUCCCAACAACAGCUCAGUCAGUGAUGAAAUUAAGGUUCAGCCCAGUCAACUGAGAGAAUCUGUAGAAGGAAAUGGAAGAAUUUAUGAAGAACAGAGGCUGUUAGAAGAAAGUUUUACUAUUCACUUGGGAGCUCAGUUGAAGACCAUGCAUAACUUGAGGUUACUGAGAGCCGAUAUGCUGGAUUUCUGUAAACAUAAGCGCAAUCAUCGAAGUGGAGUCAAACUUCACAGACUUCAAACUGCCAUGUCCCUCUAUUCAGCUUCUCUCUGUGGCCUGGUUUUAUUGGUAGAUAACCGUAUCAGUUCAUAUAGUGGCAUCAAAAGAGAUUUCGCAACCGUUUGCCAAGAAUGCACAGAUUUCCAUUUUCCAGGAAUUCAAGAACAGCUUGAAAUUGUCCAGAAGGUUGUACUUAAAGCCAGAGCACAGCGUAGCAGUAAGUCGAAAAGACGUCAUGAAAACAAAAGUAGUGGAAAUGAAGAUAAAUCGAAGAAUAUUGAACGAAACCAAUCAAAUAUUUUGCCGGGAGAAUUCUACAUCACACGCCAUUCAAAUCUUUCUGAAAUUCAUGUUGCUUUUCACCUCUGUGUGGAUGAUAAUGUAAGGUCCGGUAACAUAACUGCUCGGGAUCCUGCAAUCAUGGGACUCAGAAACAUUCUCAAAGUUUGCUGCACACACGACAUUACUACCAUUAGUAUUCCUCUGCUAUUGGUGCAUGAUAUGUCAGAGGAAAUGACCAUUCCAUGGUGCUUGAAGAGGGCAGAGCUCGUGUUCAAGUGCAUCAAAGGUUUCAUGAUGGAAAUGGCCUCGUGGGAUGGAGGAAUUUCUCGGACUGUACAAUUCUUGGUACCACAGACAAUUUCUGAGGAAAUGUUUUACCAACUGAGUAAUAUGCUUCCACAGAUCUUCAGGGUAUCCUCUACAUUGACUCUGACCUCUAAACACUGAAUUUUGUGCAGCAGUAAGAUGUUUCCUGUUGACAAAGUAUGAGAUUAUGGAGAUUCUGGAAUGGAAUGUCUCUUUUCUGAGGGAUAAAUGCCCUGAAUUGGUAUUUGUUACAAUUUUGAGAAUCAUGUCGUCAUAAUAAAAGAUAAAUGCUGUCCGUACUUGUGUGUUAGCAUCUGAUAUUUGCCUCUUGCUUUCUAUAUCAGCAGAGUGUUGGUACUGAAUCCCUCACUUUAUCUAAAAGACAUUCAAUAAUUAAUUUAUUACUAUAUGUAAUUACAGAAAUACAAGUGAUUCUCAUACUUAAGUGGUAGGAGUAAGAGGUUAUGGUAGGAAUAGCAUCUUCUGCGUGGGCUUCAGGUUGUUGAGCUUUAAAAACAUUUUCUGAAUUUGCUCAGUGAUAUUUAAAAAAAUAUAAACCAUGUCAGGUGUCUCCUUUGAGUAAUUUCAGCAUAAAUAGUCAUAGCUGGUUUUCCAGAGUCACGGUGACUACAAAAUUAAAUGAAUUACUCGUGCAUUUUAUCAUUUUACCAUCACAAAAUGAAAGAUAUGAAACAACCAUUCAGUCUGCUGCAUUUUGUAAAAGUGUUUACAUUUUAAAAAUAUAUCAAAAUAAUAUACCUGUAACAAUAAUUGGAAUUUUUAAUUAUUCUUCCUUCCUUUUUUUUUUCGGUCUGUUAACUUUUCUCUUUAUUUCAACAUUUCACAUUGACAAAUCUAUGUUCCUAUUAAGCGACUUAAUAGGAACACUGCAGUGUUCUGGCUUCUGUUGUACAGGUAUAUUGUGCUGUGUAUUACUUAUUAAUGUUUUAUGAAUGAACAAUCUGAUCAGAAAUGCCAGGGAGACAGCUCAAGGUGCAACUAUGAAAUUUCUUAGGACAAACCCGAAUCCAGUCAAAAGAAACCAAAAAAGCCUUCACCCCCUGCUACCCUACAAUGGGGGACAGAGGCGAAGUUGGGAAGUGCUUUUCCCCUGUGUUGGACAGUCAAGCUUUUAGAACUCAGCUGUGGACCGAGGUUGCUGGAAGCCUGGAAGCAGUCCUUCAAUGCAGAGGCUGGCCACAGGGAAAGUCCUGUCUGAAACUGGGGUUCUCGGGGCUGCCAGAAGAGAGAGGCUUAGAGCAAAGCAGCUGCAGUGGUAAAGGUCCCAGGUAGUCUUCUGAAGUCCACAGUUCUGUUAUGUAGGAAUCCAUGGGGAUCUUGGCAGAGCUGAUUUUGAAUCUGAAUGCUCUGUAUAUUGCUGAAAUUCUGCACUUGAAAACCAGGGAUCCUGGAGGAAGCCAACUAAAAACCAAAUUAUUUUCUGUUUUCAGAGUGAUUUUUUUUUUUUUUUUUAAUUACUAUCAUUUAGUUGAAUAAAUGUGAAGAUAGCAAAGCUGUGUUCUGGGGAAACUGCUUAAUUUCAACUUCUCACACAAAAUUACAGGAAUGUUAAUUAGUUCAUGGGUUUAUAAAGUUGCCAUGUAGUUAACAAACUCAGCUUGGUAUUUUUAUGCCAUAAAGAAGCCAUAUAAGUGACCUGGCAAACAUUUAUUGCUAAUUAUCAAAUGCUUUCUUUUCCUCUGCCAGAAACUUCUUUGGAAGAAUCAUGCAAGUAAUGUGAGCCGAUUUCACAUUCUAGAAAAGAAGGAUGUAAAUUCAACUGGAAGGAGCUAGAUUAAUCCUGUUAGAGCUCAUUUUACAUUGCUGGCCUUAAGCUGAAAUUAAAUUCUGGUUCCAGAAAAGCAAGUGCUCUAACUGCUAUUCUGUUCGUGAAAGAUGUAGUAGCAGAAGUAUUCCUUUUUAUAAGUUGCAUCACUUGUGUUCUGAAAAAUGUCUGUGUUAUCCACUUACUACUUUUUUUCCCUUCAACCAGUAUCACCUAUCUACAAGUAACUGAUGGAACACCAAUAAUUCUUGAGCAAAUCAUCUUUCUUAUACUUUUAGACUCUUUAUUAAUAAAAAUUAUGCCUGAAUUCUUAUAUUAUUUUUCCGGAACAUGAAGGCAUCCUUUAACUCAGAACCACUUGUUUUAAACUGUCAAUAAUUUCUAAGAAAAUCAUUAGCUUUUUGCCUUUCAUGUUUUGGAUCUGUGUGUUUUCAGUCCUCAGUGGAUUACACUUGAACUUUUCAGAAUUGGUCUUUGAUACAAAGAAGAACAAACAAGCUCUAGUGGUGAGGUUUUGGAAAAUCAAAGUAGUAGGAAUGGCACAGGAAAACUAUUGAUUCUGCUUAAAAUUGUACUGAAGCCUGGACCUUGUAAAUGCCGGAUAAUUGCCAAACAGAAUAAUUGUCGGAAGGGCUCUUGAUACAACAUCUAUUAUUCCCAUUUUUCAUAUCUGUUCCCAAAGAAUUACUGCUAACAGCACACUUUUGGCUGUCUUCAUCAAAAAAACAAAGUACAGAGAUGGGAUGACCUAAACUGUACUUUCUGUUUGAUCUCCACCUGGCAACUGUACAGAACAGUAGCCUACAGACUGCAAUUUAUGGAGUAAAGCCACGUGAGAAGUCCUCUUUGAGUCGUGAGAAGCUAUUUGAGAUUAAGAGGAAAAUGACUCAGUAGGCAUGAGGUUUUCUAUUUGUAUGUGCAAUGCAGUAUUUAAUGCCUUGAAAAUGUUGUGUAAAAUUGUACAUAUAGCUUGUAUUGAAUAAAUUGGUUUUGCCACUAAGACAAAUGAGGAACAAA